AUGCGCCCGUUGCUGCAGGGCUUCCGCGGGUCGUGUACAGCGCGCGGCGGCGUGGCGGCCCACUCGCUGCCACUUCUCGCGCUGCGCGGCGGCGCGGCCGGCGCCGACGUCUCUCAGCUCGUGCUUGAUGCGACCUUCUACCUGGGCACUGCGAUGGCAUCGAUGGCGGGCACCAUCACAGCAGGCUCGUGCGAGAUGGACCUCUUCGGCUGCACGAUCGUGGGCACGCUCACAGCCAUCGGAGGCGGCACGAUCCGCGACAUCAUCCUCGGCCGCACCGUCUACUGGCUGACCGACACGUCGCACCUCACCAUCGCGCUCGCCGUCUCGGUCGCCAUCUUCCUCACCUGGCCCGCCCUCGUCUCGCUCGGGCUGCGAGACUCGCACCUGGCCUUCCUGUGGAGCGACGCGCUCGGCAUGCAGCACAUGCGAAGAUCGCGAUCCUCUGCGGCGUGCUCACCUCCAUCGGCGGAGGAGCGAGAUCCGACGUCGCCGGUCCCGCUCCCCGCCGGGGCGGAGUACUUUGUGCCGUGGCUCUUUUGCCUGCUGCUGCGCGCCGCCGCCUGGACCUUCCGGCUCGCGCUGCCCCACUGGGCCCGCAAGCGGCAGUCCAUCUUCGACUUGCGCGGCGCGCCUCCCCCGCUCGAGGCGCAGCCCUCUCCGCGCCCCAUCGCCCCAUCGCUUUUCCCGCGCGCCGUGCCAUGGACAGGCUCGCUCUCGCUCGAGCCGCAGAAGCCGCAGUUCCAGGUGGGCCGGCUGCUGCUCGGGCCGAAGCAGAGGCGCCGCUUUGGCCUGCCGCAGCUGCUGGUGCCCAAGGGGCGGCGGGGGCGGCGGAAGGUGCCGCCGCCGGCCGACGAGUUCGACUAG